AGUUGCCAAUUAAGUUAGCUAAGAGCAAAUUUGUGGGGACUGGCUUGCCUUUGUAGGUUUCUUGUUGUACUAAGCAUAAGUUUUAAUUAAUUCCCUAAUUUGCUUCAAUUGUCAAAGUAUUGAAGUCAUUGAACCCUCAUUUUCUUCACCCUCCAUUUCUUGUUGCAACACACAGACAACACUAGUAUCUCGAUGGAUUGAGCCACAGGGAAGGAGAAGGUACGAAGCAUGGAUCAGCCUUGUAAAUGGGGCAUACUGCUACCUUUUGCAGCCAUGGUUACAGUUCAGUUUACCGAUGUGGGGAUAUCAACUAUAAGCAAAGCAGCUAUGUCAAGAGGAAUGAGCAGUUAUGUUUUGAUUGUCUACUCUAAUGCCCUUGCUACCCUCCUUCUCCUUCCCUCUUUCAUUUUACAAAAGAAGCAGGUUUCUCUUACCUUUUCGUUCCUUUCUGGACUCUUCCUCCUAGGCCUAAUCGGGAGUUCAAGUAUAUUAUUGGCAUAUAAUGGCAUCAACUACAGCUCACCAACACUUUCUUCAGCUAUGGCAAAUCUUAUACCAAUCUACACGUUCAUGUUGGCAAUCAUUUUCAGGCUGGAAAAACUAGAUUUGAGGAGAUCAAGCAGUCAAGCUAAAGUGUUGGGCACUAUAGUAUCAGUCUCUGGAGCAUUUAUAAUAAUCCUAUAUAAGGGCUUAGUAAUCUUAAAGCCUUCAUCGCCAUCCAACUUCCUCAUGAUCUCACAUCAGUCAAACUCAAGGUGGGUCUUUGGAGGUCUUAUGCUGGCAAUGUCCUGCCUUUUGUCUGCAAUUUGGAACAUUGUUCAGGCAUCCACUGUUAAAAACUGUCCAUCAAAGGUGACAGUGGUCUUCUUCUACACGUUCUUUAUGACAAUCCAAUGCACAAUAUUUUCUCUGAUUGUGGAAAGGAAUCCGAAUACUUGGGUUAUAAGACCUGGCAUUGAGAUGAUCUCCAUUGUCUGCUCAGCUAUAAUGGGGAAUGUGUUCCAUGUUGGUGUUCAUACUUGGUGCUUGCACCAAAAGGGACCUGUCUUUGUAGCCAUGUUCAGACCUUUGGGAGUUGCCAUUGCGGCUGUCAUGGUGGUCUUCUUCCUCGGCGAUCCGCUUCAUCUUGGCAGUGUGGUUGGAUCUGUCAUCAUUGCCAUUGGGUUUUAUGCUAUGAUGUGGGCACAAAUCAAAGAAAAGGGCAGUAAUGUUGUGGAGAAUGAAGUCCACAGCUUGGCAUCAACAAACCAACACACCACCCCUCUUUUGCAAUGCAGAAGCACAGAAGAAGAAAAUGUCUAACACAGUUCAUUUAGGGAUUGGAUAAGUAAUAGGAGCUUCAUAUAUAGAUGAAGAUCUUCAAAUCAUUAUAAUGUUCCUUUUUGUUUGGCGAUUCAAGCCAAAACGAAUAAGAUCGUGUGCUUUAGGUAAAAGGGGAUACAAUGUAGAUAUCCUCAAUAAUUUUAUGCCAUUAGCUGCUGAUGUGGCGAUCCAACUCAGCACAGGUGGGCCCCACAUGAAAAUGAAAUUCCUAAAAUGACCCUGGCCAAUCUGAA